CUGGGAGCGUGUGGAGUCCUGCCUGGGUGUUGGAGAGUCUGUUUGAUCGUGGGGGCUUGAGGCGUUCAGGGUUGUGGCCGUAGGGGACGGCCUUACCCAGAGAGGCUGGCCUUGGUCGCUGGGAGCCAUUGCACUAGACCUUCUCUCCUUGUCAUCUUCCAGAAACAACCGGCGGUCUCAGAGGUAGAAGAUGCCCCAGUCUAGCCUGCACCCAUCCAUCCCGCGGCCCAGGGGGACCAGGGCCCAGAAGGCAGCCUUGGUCCUGUUGGCCGUCUGCCUGGCAGCCCUUUGUGGGCUGGGGGAGCCACCAGAACACAUUCUCCGAUGGCUGGUGCUCCACCUGGCCUCCCUGCAGCUGGGACUGCUCUUCAAGGGGGUCUGCCAUCUGACUGAGGAGCUGUGCCACCUCCAUUCCAGGUACCAGGGCAGCUCCUGGAGGGCUAUGUGCUCUUGCCUGGGCUGCCCCAUUCGCGGUGGGGCCCUGCUGCUGCUGUCCUGCUAUUUCUAUGGCUCCCUCCCAAACCCAGCUGGCCGGCCCUUCCUUUGGACGCUUGCGCUCCUGGGCCUCUCGCAGGCACUGAACAUCCUCCUGGAGCUCCAGGCCCUAGCCCCAGCUGAGGUCUCUGCAGUCUGUGAAGAAAGGAACUUCAAUGUGGCCCAUGGGCUGGCAUGGUCAUAUUACAUUGGGUACCUGCGGCUGAUCCUGCCAGGGUUCCCAACCCGGAUACGCAAGUACAAUCAGCUGCAGACCAACAUGCUACGGGUCAUAGGGAGCCAUCGGCUGCACAUCCUCUUCCCUUUGGACUGUGGGGUGCCUGAUGACCUGACUGUGGCCGACCCCAACAUUCGCUUCCUGUAUCAGCUGCCCCAGCAAAGUGCCGACCGUGCUGGCAUCAAGGGCCGGGUUUACACCAACAGUGUCUAUGAGCUUCUGGAAAACGGGAAACCGGUGGGCAUCUGUGUCCUGGAGUACGCCACCCCCUUGCAGACGCUUUUUGCCAUGUCCCAGGAUGGCCGAGCUGGCUUUAGCCGGCAGGAUCGGCUGGAGCAGGCCAAACUCUUCUGCCGGAUCCUGGAAGACAUCCUGGCAGAUGCCCCUGAGUCACAGAACAACUACCGCCUCAUUGUCUACUCCGAACCUGCAGAGGGAAGCAGCUUCUCCCUGUCCCAAGAGAUUCUCCGGCACUUGCGGCAGGAGGAAAGGGAGGUCACUAUGGGCAGCCUGGACACCUCGAUUGUACCCAGUUCCUCCACGCUGUCCCAGGAGCCCAAGCUCCUCAUCAGUGGCUUGGAACAGCCUCUCCCACUCCGCACGGAUGUCUUCUGAGGCUCAGGGUUUGCUGGCCUGAACCCCCAGUGGUCCCCAAGACUCUCGAUCCACAAGACUGGAUUGAAGGGCUUUCUUCAGCAGCUGGAUGCCCAGCAGAACCACUUCCUCCCACAGGGAGCCUCUCAGAGAAGGUCCUUGAACUUAACAUCUCAAGACGACCUUAGGCAAGUUGUUUUACCUCUCUGAACCUCAGUGUCAUCAUCUAUGAAAUGGGAUUAUAAUCACUGUCUUACCUACCUCACAGGGUUGUUGUGAGGAUUUUCACUGUAUGGAACAUUUUUGUAAACUAUAAAUGCCAGGUAAACUUAA